UCAUUUGUUCAUCUGCCGUGGACCCGGUUGCCGGGCUUUAAUAUGACCACCAUACAAGGAACGAGCACAAGGCGAGUGCUGUAGCGGCCAAAGGUUCCUUUCUCUCGGCGACGUUCACGUUUGUUGGCUGUAUCAUGUCCCUCCCUUUGUCAUUGUCGUCGCAGCGCCUUCUGGCUUGGAACCAGGCCUUCUGGGCUCGGACAGCAUUCGACAAGGCAAAGACCGUGUUCUUUGUGUACUUCUUGCUUACGCAUUACCUCAAAGCUCACCGUCAUGUACGUGCGAGAGGCAUCGUGACCUCGGUAAAGGAGAUCUACGCUUGGAUAGCUCAAGCUGUGAUUAUGACGGUUUUACGUCUGCCUAGCAUGAGAUCCAAGGUCACCCAACAGAUGAAUCAAGCCAAGCUAGACAUUGAGAACAAGUUGGUUCCCAAGGGAGCCGAAGUAAUCCGGCACCUAUCCCUACCGGAGGAAGGCAAAUCGCUCGAAUGGAUCCUCGCCGAAAUGGAAAAGAUGGAUACUGAGCUUGAACACAGAGGCGACUGGCGUCAUGGCAAGCUAUCCGGGGCUGUCUAUCAUGGUGGUGACGACAUGGAGAAGGUCAUCGUGGCUGCGUAUCAGCGAUAUUGCGUGUCGAAUCCGAUUCACCCCGACGUAUUCCCAGCUGUUCGCAAGAUGGAGGCAGAGAUCGUGGCAAUGUGCCUUCGACUUUUCAAUAAUCCCGAUGGUGCCGGAACGAUGACUUCUGGUGGCACGGAAUCUAUCAUCAUGGCCAUUAAGACUUACCGGGAUUGGGCGAAGGCCGUCAAAGGGAUCACUGAGCCUGAAAUGAUUGUGCCGGCUUCUGCUCAUGCGGCAUUCGAUAAGGGCGCAGCAUAUCUCAAUAUCAAGGUUCAUCUAAUACCAGUGGGUAGAUAUACACGACAGGUCGAUAUCAAGCAUGUCAAACGUGCUAUAAACGCAAACACGAUCAUGCUUGUAGGAUCUAGCGUUAACUUUCCUGAUGGUAAUCAGGAUGAUAUUGUAGCCUUGGGCGCUCUAGCAGCUACGUACAACAUUGGUCUUCAUGUAGACUGCUGUCUCGGCAGUUUUAUCAUGCCUUACCUUGAGAAAGCUGGCCUGGCCGACGGUGUAAACGGCAAAUACAAGAUGAUUCCGUUCGAUUUCCGUGUGAAUGGUGUCACUAGUAUCAGCUGUGACACGCACAAGUACGGAUUUGCACCCAAAGGCACCUCGGUCAUCAUGUAUCGAGAUACUGUACUGAGAGAGUACCAAUAUUACGUCUAUCCUGAUUGGAUGGGUGGCGUGUACGGAAGUCCGAGUUUCUCAGGCUCUCGACCUGGUGCGGUGAUCGCUGGAACGUGGGCGGCGAUGCAUUACAUGGGUUCGAGUGGUUAUCUCGAAUCGUGCCGCUCAAUUGUGAAAUGCGCACGUUUCAUCGCAGACACCAUCAGUUCUUCGGUGCCGGAACUUUAUAUCCUGGGAAACCCACCCUCGUCGGUUGUUGCCUUCGGUUCCAAGCACCCGAAGGUGAAUAUCAUGGAGGUUGGCGACAAUAUGUCCGCGAGGGGGUGGCACUUGAAUGCGUUGAAUGGAACCCCAGGUGUGCACAUCGCUUGCACGAGAUUAACGGUUCCAAUGGCAGACACAUUCAUCGCUGAUUUAAAAGAUUCUAUCAAAGAAGCGAAGCUAAGUCCUUCUGGGAAAGGGACCAUGGUGGCGCUGUAUGGAUUAGGAAACUCUAGCGCUGUCGGACCGUCCAUGGUUAGACAGCUGGCCACGGCGUUCUUGGACGCCAUGUACAAGGCGUAGUACUGCGGGUGCGGUGGCCGUACUCGCGUCGCGAUGGGCCUCCAGUCUGGCCGGGAGCGACGGGCGGUGGGGGGACGUAUCGGGAUUGUAUGUUUUGGUUUUUGCUGGCAUUUGCUUUGGAGACAAUUUUACUAGCUUGCUAAUACACUGAGACCUGCCCAAAAAAUUUCAACCCCGACUUGCGCCA